UAUGAGUUAAGUCGAAUUGCUUUUAAAAUGCUUUUAAAUUACUAAAAUGAAAUAAUAAAUAUUAGCUACCCUACUUGUAAUAAUAUAUAGCUAUAGUAACUGCUACACACUUCACAGUGUUUGAAAUAUAAAUAUGGAUUCCAGCUUAUCCUAUAUGUACCUAAAGAAGAGGAAGGACUUUGGAAGGCAAGCUUUGUUUUGUGAAGUUAAUGCAACAUUAUUAGACUCCAUUGACCCCGAUAAAUGUGAACAGAAGCUAUAUUGUUGUCGUAAUCCAGUUAAUCGGCAGACUCAAACUUCUGUAGUUUUAUCUGAGCACUAUGCGAAUACUAGAAAAAUAACAACAUGCAAUCAAGGAGUUGAACACGCUGAAGGGGGAUGGCCAAAGGAUAUUAAUAGUAAUGAUGACGAAGCAACUUCUCGAUACCGAAAACGUAUUGAACGAGAUGAUCCAUAUGUUAAAGCAAUUAUGUCUACAUAUCCCAAGUUCACACAUUAUAUUAAUCAAAACAAUGCUAUCGACAUGUACAAUAUGUACUUUAAGGAAAUAGAGUCUAAAAAGUCAGUGGAAAAAUAUUCAUUUCGUAUGAAUAAAGCAGCGACUGAUGAAGUUGGUGACAUAAAGGGAUCGCUAAAUCUCAUAUCAUUAUCUCAAGAUCUGAUUUGGUCUGAGGAACGAGAUAAGCAAUUGAUGAUACAAUGUUUUGAACGUGAAUAUCGACGAGAACAUAUUCUUGAGACGAGAGUCAAAGAAAUACGUCUAAGAAUCAAAGCAGAAGAGGAAGCUGCAGCGGCUCCAGGCCUAACUGAAUCUGUUGAGGAAAAUUUGAUAGUAGAUACUGAAUAUGAAUAUUUCAAAAUGGUGACAGAGGAAUUACAAAAAUAUGACGCAUUAACUAAUCGGCCUAAAAAUAGGUUAGAUAAAAUGCGAAAACGAUAAAGUCGCUAUUUUUAUUUCUUUUUUUUUUCAAAAAAGUAAUAAUGAGUAGCGUGUGCAAUAAAAUAAAACUACUUAAUGAUUUUAUAGCAUACGAUAAUUAAUAUGUAUGUAAUAAUAAAACUAUAUUCACGGAAAUAAACAUAAAUUACUUAAGUAUUUUUAUUUUGUUCUAUGAAAAUGUAUUUGCUAACUCUACCAACGUCGUAGAGCUUUCUAGGAAGUUAGCUACAGGCGGAAGCCUAUUAUUAUUAGCUUAUUAGAAUUUACUUUAUAUUAUUAUUAGUUGAAGAUAAUAAUACUGAAACACACUUAAGGAUAAAAUAAUUUCUUAGUUAAGUUUCAUAUUGGUUUGUUUCUAUUAAGAAAGAUCAUAAGCUAAUGCUUUUUUUUACUAUUAAGUUUAAAAGCUAAUUUCGUUUAUUACUUCUACCAAC